UUAUCGGAAAUCAUCGUAUAAUAUGGAACACUCGAACAUGGGCAGGAUGUGGCUUUUGUGGCUGUCAAUAUUUUUAGUUUUAAGGAUGGCUUUAGCGGAUUUUACAGUCAAUGAGCAUGAUGUGAAAAUUCCACCUGGCGGAACGGGCUAUUUUAUUCUAAGACUAACAGAACCUUUAACGGUGAAUGUUAGUAUAUCAAUGGACGUACAGCACAGCGAUUUAGUUAGAACUGUACCGGCUAUUUUGAAUCUCCCUGCCAACGAUCCAGAAACACUAUGGAAUAUAACAAUAAUGGGUCUUAAUCCAGGAUACAGCACAAUUAGUGCAAAUGUCACACCGAACAUUACAGAUUUCUCCGAAGCAUUCGUGAGGGUAACGGUUGAAAGAUCGGAGAUUCUUUAUCACAUUAGCGCGGUGGUUGGAUGGAUAUAUUUUAUAGCAUGGAGCGUGAGUUUUUAUCCCCAAAUGUACAGCAAUUACAAGCGAAAAAGUGUAGUCGGAUUGAACUUCGAUUAUCUCUCGCUAAAUCUCGUUGGAUUUAUUAUGUACGCUCUGUUCAACUGUGGACUUUAUUGGAUACCGUCGAUAGAGCAUCAGUAUUUUAUGCGAAAUCCAAAAGGAUUGAAUCCCGUCCAGAUCAAUGAUAUUUUUUUUUCGUUGCACGCUGUUAUAGCGACCGUUGUCACUAUAGGACAGUGUUUUUUUUAUGAGAUAGGGAACCAAAGAGUUUCUACGACUGCCCGAAUAAUUCACGGGAUAUUUGCCACGUUUGUAUUGAUAACUGCCAUACUUGGCAUUGUUAAGACAAUCGCGUGGCUUGAUUUCCUCUACUACUGCAGUUACGUCAAAUUGGCAAUAACGUUAAUCAAAUACGUGCCUCAGGCAUAUUACAAUUAUAAGAGAAAAUCAACCGUCGGAUGGAGCAUUGGAAAUAUAUUUUUGGAUUUUACCGGUGGAAUUUUAUCAAUGCUACAGAUGAUACUGAACGCUUAUAAUUACGACGAUUGGGAAAGUAUUUUUGGCGAUCCCACGAAGUUUGGUCUGGGAUUCUUUUCUGUAGCAUUCGACAUAUUCUUCCUCGUCCAACACUACGUGCUCUACAGGGAUCGAAGGGAAUAUACUGAGAUACCAGGAACAUGCCAGCAGGAGGAGUAUCAACCGGAGGAUUCGUCAAAAGGCAUUUUGGCAUAAAAUCACUGCAUCUUUAGCUAAGCUCGGCUAACACGCAAAACAAAAGACUAAUUAGCAUAUUUUUUGACUCCAUAUAUAUAUAUAUAUAUAUAAACAGUUAAUAACUGCAUUAUAUAUAACAAGAUAUUUAUAAUAUAUUUAAUAAAAAGUUUACAGUGAUUGUGCGAACGAUGCGAAAAUCGUUCAGAAGAAAAUUCAACGACGAUUGACAGGAUGAAAACGAAAAUUUUCGCAAAUUGUUUUCGUUUUACAAUACGGUUUUUUUAAUUAUUAUAUUAUUUUAUGAUCUGUACAUUCACAAAGUAUAUAUGUGACUCACCGAAA